GUGUGCAAAAGUUCUUUAAGGAAACAUUUCACCGACGGACUGAUGCUAAACAUUAAAACACAUCGAGCGAUCGUAGAGAGUACCUGCGGAACAGGCGGCACCAAAGCGGCUUCUGGACUUCUCUGCUCCCUCAUCAUGUUGUCCCACAGUGGAUUCCAGAGCAGUAGACAGAACUUCACUUUUGGUCCAUGGACGGUGACUGCCGCCAAGAACCACAUCAUGAAAUCCAAGGACAUUGAACGGCUGUCAGAGGAGAUGAACAUGCCCUCACUUCCAGAGAUGCUCUUUGGGGAUAAUGUUCUUCGUAUCCAGCACGCUGAUGGAUAUGGCAUUGAGUUCAACGCCAUCGAUUCCUUGAAAAGAGUCAACAACAUGUCAGACAGUGUCAAAGUGGCGUGUGCGCAGGAGUGGCAGCAGAGCAGGGCCGACUCAGAGCAUUCAAAGGAGGUGGUGCGACCGUACGACUGGACCUAUACUACAGACUACAAAGGCACGCUGAUCGGAGCGGACGCACUUAUGAAGGUCAUCCCCACAGACGAGCGCAUCGACCUGGAGCGGCUGAAGGUGCGAGAGCAGAUCAAGUUCUUCCAGGAGGUGCUGCUGUUUGAGGACGAGCUGCAUGACCACGGUGUCUCCAGCAUCAGCGUCAAGAUCAGGGUGAUGCCGACCAGUUUCUUUGUGUUGAUGCGUUUUUUCCUGCGAGUGGAUGGAGUGAUGAUUCGAAUAAACGACACGCGCUUGUACCAUGAGGCUGGGACGAGUUUCAUGCUGCGAGAGUUCAGCAUGAGGGAGAGCAGGUUGGAGGAGCUGAAGUUUCAGAAAUCAGAAGCAGAUCUGGAUUACAUUGAGAAGAGGCUCAAACUGGACUUCAUCAACACAGCCUCAGCGAGCGGCUGUACAGAUCAGGAGAACCCGGUGGCCAUGCUGGAGCAGCUGACCGCCAUCAAAGCUCGCCACGCGGCUCUGAGCUGCCAGCUGCAGGAACUGGCCUCAGAGCACACACACACCAUGGACUCCAUCAGGGCCAACAUGGAGCAGGCUGUGGAGGUGUUGAGCCAGCUGCAGAACACUGCCCAAAUAAAGGAGCUGCAGGACGCUGCACUUCCUGGACAGUCCACAUGAAUAUUGCGUCAGCGCGGUGGAAGGACAGGGUGGAUAUGCUGGUUUAAAUGUGCUCAUAUUUUGAACAUUCUACUACAGUUUCACAAGCCUAAUACUAUGAUGUUGACAUUUGUAAUCUGCAGAUGGACUUUUGUACAUGUUGUAAAAUUUUUGAACUUUGGUGUUAUUAAAAUACUUGUCAUGAAA